CGGAAGCGAGCUUGCGACUGAACCGCUGUGUAAGCAGGAAGCGCACGACGAAUUUCCACCGACGAUUCGACUUCGAACAUGAGAGUUUUUCUAAUGCGUCGACAAAUCGUAUCCAUUGCAAUAUUUUCGCCGUAAGACACACAGUGGAGGUCUUUGAAGCGGAGUACCGAACACAACUUUAACCAUGGGAACAAGAGCAGCAGCAUUUACAGCAAAGAUCAGAAACUUACAUGAUUACCACAACAGAAUCCUACAUGGUUUGCCACCGCAGCCCUCGGGUGUCGACGUAGCAAAUACACUCAAGUAUUUCUCACAGACAUUGCUCAGUGUCCUCAAGGAUGUGCCCAGCAUUCCUCUGGACAUGAUCCGUUGUCCCGAGAAGGAUCAUGCGAGGACUACUCUCUUUCCCAGCCUAGACUACAAGGCGUUAUACCAUGCCAUAGUGCAACUUGUAGAUGCAGUGCCUGUUAUUCAGUCCGGUGCCCAUGUGCUGGGCUACACAAUUUUGAACACUCUGGCCUGUCUGGUUCCAUUCUUGGAGCAUGAGUACAUGGACACUUUGCCAUACAUUGUGGCAUCAUCUAUGGCACUUUUUCCCUCUUCUUUGCACAAGGACAUUGUAGAUAUGCUCUGCAACCAUCUUCUUCCAUAUACCAUCUCCAACCCAGUGGAUGCGGACACCCUUAAUUAUGCUAACAUGUCAACGUCUGCAGUCAUCAUGAUGGUCUUCCAAUACACAGAAAAUAUUGCAUACCAGACCCAACUCCUGGAAUGCCUCAUGAGUCUGAAACGAGAUGUAGUGAAGGACCUCCUGUGUGUCAUUGCACAUGGCACAGCUAAAGCUCGCCAUCCAGCUGUUGAGAUGUUAUUUCAUUAUUGGCCGACACUCAACCCAAUGCUUAGGGACAAAAAGGGUUUCUCCAUUAGGCACCUUGGAUGUUGCCCCAUUGGUUGGAAGCCCUUGACGUGCCAAAGAGAAAACUGUCUGGGCCCUGAAAAUGGUGAAGCUUAUAAGAUGUGCUUGGACCAUUCCAUUGCCAUUGCAUCAGGGGAGCGACCACCACCCCUCUUUGUGUGCCGAGACUGUGCAGACCAAAUCAGAAGGGAGCAUGGUCCAAACCACCUCAUGGAUGUCUUGCUCCCCAUGCAACAAGUUUCACUUGCUUGCGAAAACAAGAACUGCAACUCGCGUGAUAAAUCUGCAAUGAUAACUUGCUUCUCACUGGAGUGUGCAAGCUUCAAUGGAAAUCACCCAAUCCGAUACUGCAACACAUGCUUCAAUGCACGUCAUACAAAUGAGAAAGGCACCAACCACGUGGCUCUCAAACCGAUCCCAAGCCCAUGGUCAAUGGGUCGGGAAACACUCCUGUACUUUGUGGAAGCCAUUGUGAGCCUUCUGAAGGAAGCCCAACCCACAAAUGAGAAGAGUUCUAGAGACAGCAAAGAGUCGACUAGUGAGCGGCACCCACGGUCUAGCGGAGGAAGUGGAGGAGGCCUAUCGGAUGGCCCAGAAGAGUCAAACGAGUGUCUUGCUCAAGAAGAACGCCAACUGCUCAGCCGCUAUGGCGUGUGGCUGCUCGUUGGACUCUGCACUCCGGAAGACAACACGCCACAGGAGACUCUAGGACGCCUUUUAGGCAUGCUGUUUCAAUGGUUUCAUUACACUGCUUGCUUGCCAGAUGAUCAGACUGGGAAUGCUUUGGAGAGGCUCAAGACUGAGUAUAUCCACGGGUGGCUGAUGGACAUCGUACGGACCCAUUUUGAUGUGUUUGUGUCCUGUCUCCUGCCUCAUCCUGCAGAAUAUGCUCAAGUUGGUGGGCACUGGGAUAGCUGGCCCUGCCAGACAGAUCAGAUUAAGGAAGGUUUCAAGACACUUCUUUGCCUCGUGCCGUACGACAUCAUCAACAGAGAGGUUUGGGAAUAUAUCAUGCCACACUGGAUGGAGGCAUUCCGUUUUGAAAUUCCAGAAGAAGAACUCUCUGAGCUCAAGAUCCUCCUCAGCAAAAUCUUAGACCCUGACCUGAGCCCCUUGGGCUUCAAUGUCAAGCAAAUGUAUGGCUUUCUCACGGUCCGUUUCGAGAACACAACUGCCCAGGUACAAGAACAAGCACUGUACUGGUUACAGGUUCUAACGCUGCUUGAAGUCCCCAUCCCGACGAACCUGCUGUUCUCCAUGUUUGCGGCUGGUGUGGAAGCAACGAGCGGCGGUGUGGCGCGGGAAGAUGGGCCCACCCCUACACCACGUUUUCACCCACUGAGGCAGGACACCACUGGUACCAUGCUGGGGAGCCUGGGCCUCGACUGCGACUCUCUACCCAGCUUCCUUCCCCAAGACGCUCCACCUCCGCACCAGAAGACCGAUAGUGAGCUUCUCCUUAGCUGUCACGUCCUCAUGCUUGACAUUCUUGUCAAGCAGCUGGAACUGCAGGAGGUUUCAGCACACAGGGGCCUCAACACCCAGGAGGCACGAGAAACAUUGACGCUGGUGUACGCAAUGGUGAAGACACCAAGGGUGCGCCAACACCAGUGCUACGAAAGCAGCAGUCCCAGCAGUCCCUCGUGUCCCUUGUGCGAAAUGAAUGCCAUUUGGUACCAGUUGGUGCUGUCUCUAACACAGUUCUUCUGCCCCGUCAUGGAAGUUGCUAUGGCUGACGUCCCUACCGAUCCAUCGGGCAACAACCAUCCUCCUAUAUCUCCGAAGCCAAUGCUGAGGGAAGAGUUUUCUAAGGCAACUCUGACGGGUCCUACCAGAUCCUUUCCUCCCCCUACUCCACAAAGCAAAGAUGUGCUCCAGGCUACUCAGGAGGUUCCUGAAGAAACUACCAAAGAGGAAACUGCACCCCUUGAGAGUGGAUGCACCUUGUUAACAGCAACUGUGCAAGAGUGUCCGGCAGAGUUGGAUACAGUUGCCAUUAUGCCCACAGAGCAAGUCGUCACUGCUUUUGCUCGUGCAGUCACGUUAACUGAAGAUGAUGUCCCUGAAGCCAAAUGCACAGUGGCCUUGGCUACACUUGUAGAUGAAAAUGACCGUGCAGUGCCCCUUGAGCCAACAGCUGAAGAUACUUCUUUCUGGCACACCAGCCAAGGGAAAUUUAGGUUUACCAUCGAUGAACUACCUCCACAACUGCGAGUUGUCUAUGGGCUCUUGAGAGAGAUGGCUGUGCACGAAGAUGCAGACGUACUGUACCACCUGCUCUCUUGCCUCAAGCUGUUGGCCUUACAUGCUGAAGUUCUCAACAAGGCUGCUCAUGACCACAGAGGUUUUCUCAUCUGGUGCCAGGAAAACCUUCUUGUAGUCAACCUCUGGAAACUCCUCCAAGCCGAGUUUUCUCAAAUUGCAAGACUCUGCGUUCCCUUGCUGUUGCAUUGUGUCACUUUACCAAGUGGUAUGGACAUGUUCUGGAAAGUCAUUGAGGGAGACUUCCACAGUGAAAACUGGAAGGAACACUUCGCAGCAGUGGAGAAGGUAACGAUGAUUGCACAUUUCCUGGAGCCUAAUACUGUGAAGAAUAGCCCCCUGCUGCAGUCAUCUCUGGCGAAUGCCUUCUGCUACCUAGUCCACUGUCUCGAUGACAUCAAUGUCUCCGUCGCUGAGAGGGCACUGCUCUCCCUUGAGACCAUCAGGACUGUCUCACUCAAGCUGCUGGUCUGGUGCCUGGAGGCACAAUUUGACACAGUCAUUGUGGACCGACCCAUGAUACUUCAAACGCUCCAUCAGCUCUACAACCACCUCAGUGAACGCAGAUUUCUUACAUGGGACUUCUUCCUCAACCGAUUUGAUGCUCUUUUCAUUGAAGCCCAGAUCAACCUAGAACGCACUGGGGAAAUCAGUUGCACACGAGAUCUCAAGAACAGCAACAAAAACAGUGAAGUAUACCAACGCAAAGUAAACAGGGCUCAUGAAGCAUUGUCUCUAACAAAGGCCAGCCGUUCCCUUACCUCCAGCCUGGGCACUAAGUGGCCGUACAAGCGAGCCUUCUCUGCUCCUGGAGGCAUGAUUGCGCAGAAGGACAAAAUGGACAAAGAGAAAGUAUAUGGCCGUCAAUCAUCAGCCCCUGUCCUGAAGAGAAAGAGCUCUCGCAUGAGUAGUUCCACAGUAUCGGUCACCGGAUUUCCCUCCAUGCAGCACUUUCCAAAUAGCUUCUUCCCCGAUGGCCAUAUCAAGGAUAUGGUGCAAGAAGAAGCACACCUGAUGCAUGUUCUGCAUCGUGUCAUGGACGUGGAAGAUUAUGACAAGGACACCUUACACCUGCUUGUCUUCUUGCUCAUAGAGUUCCUCUCUAGACCUGAUCCAUCCCAUCCAGUCGAAGAGAAAUCUAUGGCUAGGAACCAGCUCAUCGUCUUACGACACCUCAACAUACUUCUUGGAUACAGCCAAGCUGAGAAGGGAUUUUUAAUUUCACCAAACAAGAUAAGAAACUCACCGGUUUUCAGCGCAUUUCUCGUCCAAAUGCCUAAGAUGCUGGACUAUAACUUCAAGAUUGGCAAUGUCCUACUGGGCACUUGUAUUCCAGUUCUGGCCUACUGCCCAUCCCCUCAGCGCUGUUCCUAUGACCAUCAUUUGCCACGUUACUCUUUGUGGCUUUUGGAGCCACCAGCACGUCACUCCUGGCUUAUGGCUGUUAUUUCCAUUCUGUACAAAUUUGAUUACAGCAACACCACACUGUCCAGACAAAUCCAGAUGUUGGUUCACAUUGUCCUAAACACCCUUGAAGCACAGAACCACCAGUGCAAGACUAUUCCAGAACCAUUUCUUAGUCCAGUUCCUUCACGAUCCAGAGAUUUAAGCACAGCAUCCGUAGAUUUGGAGAACGUUCAAGAGCACGAUGGAACAGCUCCUCUCGAGCUCUCACUAGGAGGAGAUGAAAUCCGUUUCUCUUUUGGUGGCAGUGGUACAGGGUUAGAAACCAAAGCUGCUUACCACAGGCCUUUAGCUCGAGAGUUGCAUGACACAGAUGCCUCCAGGGAACGACGAGUGGACAUAACUGAAAGACAGCAGUGGAAACCAGCACUUCGAACUACAGAGUUCAAUGGGUCUGGCGACGAGGAUGAUGCAGAACCGGAGUUGGAAGCCAUACCCGAAAGUCCCAAGUCCGAAACCUCUGAACCUGUAGAAUUUGCUGGAGAACUAGAAGCACUCGUGCCAUUUGUACCAGCAACAGAAUUAGCAGAGCAGGCUCAUGUGCGGGUAGUACGCGAUAUAGUGUCAGGGCAAGAAGCUGUCACUGUCACAGAUCCGACAUGGCAGAUAUCAGACAAGCCCAUUGUAGUCGGCGGAGACAGCCAAAUGACUGGUGAGCUAUCUUCAUUUGUGGCACCUUCAUCGGAGGUGAAGCCAAACGAAAACUGCGUACGAGUGGCGCACGUUGAAAAAGCAACAGUGGAAGCAAUGGAGAAAACUGCUGGAACUGACACUAUUUCUGCAGAACGUACAGAAGGAUCUGGCACUAAGGAAACUGGAUCCCAGCCAGUGACAGAAAGUUUGUCGAUGGCAGCAAAGUCUAUAGCUGCUUCUGACACAGCUCAGGACCUCUGCUUUCCAGAGAAGAAGCCUGGUGCAUUAUUGUCAGAGGCAAGUCUUCAGUGUGAAGCAAGAGAGGAAAGACCCGAAGUCCGGCUUCCCGACGUGCAUCUGAGUGACAUCAAAGGGAAGGUUGCGUCUGUCAGGAAGUUAUUUGAAAGCAGAGCUAAAGCGGAAGCAGCUCCCAGUCUUACCCGCAGAGACAUGGCUUCGUUUGAUAUUAAGCCACCUGCGGGAAAGGAACGUGUUCUGCAAACUUCAAAAUCCACUACAGAAUUUGACAAGUCUAGCAUCUCAACACCACCUGCUAGUCCAAACCGGUCUCCAAAGCCAAAGAUUUAUCGCAUGGGUGCCAUGGAUCUUGGAUCGAUGAAAGUUAAACCUGGAAAGGCAGAAGGUGGACAACAAGAAGUUACAUUUCCGAAAGUGACUCUAGAAGAAGCUGUGCAAAAGGAACAUUUGACAAAGGAAGCAGAAGUCAGACCAGCAGUACAUUCUGCUGUCACAGUAAAGUCAUUUGCAAAGGAACCAGCCGCGGCUGUGAAAUCUCUCGACCUUCUGACAGCAAGAUCGCUUGCUCAACGCUCGGUGAAGGAAACCGUUCACAGGACCCGGUCAGAGAGCAGCCAGGUGCCCGCGUCCAAGGCUUCUCUCUGGGGUGUUGAGAGACAUAGCCCUAUUCUCUUAGAACCCCUCAUGGUCAAACCUACCCCCGAGCGCCUCCUCCCCAUUGGACUUCAGCCACGACAUUCUAAAUCACCUGUCUCUAAACAACUGUCAGUGGGCAGCCUGGGUUCCACAACUGAGUUCCGGCCUCGAGGCGAUCUCUCGGCAAGACAUACCGACGUCUUUUCCCUCAGUGUUGAUGCUGGACGACUCUUUGAAAGUACAAAAUCCAUCCAGACCCAAUCUCCUUUCCUUCCAACCUCAAAGGUUCCCAUUGAGAUCCCCUCUUUAGAGCGCCUUCUUCCUGUGGGUCCACUUCCAACACGACGAGACCCGGACAUCCGCAGCACACCAGGCUCUCCUCUCAAAAAGCUGCGAGCAAAGUCGGAGAGUGUAGACAUACUCACCGUGGCGAAAACAUCACCACUUCCACCCAUUGGAUCCCCAAGGCCGAGAUUAGAGGCAAAACCAGAAGCGAGCCCAGGGUCUGUAUCAUCCGGUGCAGCGGAAAAGGAACAGCCCAAGUUGGCACGGAAAGGAGAGCAGAUCUUUACGUUCCCGGUGAGUGACACGACAAAAGCAGAGGAGAAGAGUGGAGGUGGGGAGGAGGCAAAAGAGCGGAUGCGUCCUCAGGAACAUUCUAUCAGUGGGGGGCUGAGGGAUGUGCUUGUGAAGGACGUCAUUCUGGACAAAGUGCUUAGUGCUGCCGGAAGGGUGGAGUCGGCUCUCCUACCGCAUGGAAACAGCCCCGAUGUCAAGGAGGAAGAAGAACUGCCUACAACACCACAUCCAGAAAAAGGGAUGAGCGAAGAGGCACGCACGCGGCUGCACUACCGCCCCCGAAAGCAGCGCAAGUCUGGCCUGAGCACUGUUGAGAUGCAGCGGACACUGGAGUCACGUGGAGGAGCUGCGAGGUGGGGCAGCAUCGUCGCUGCUCUACCACUCACACAGCGUGCGCGUAAGGCUGAGCCAAAUGCACCCACUGCAUCAUCCAAGCGUUCGAGCCAGACAUCAUCAAGUGGUGCUCGACCUGGUGGCAGUGGUGGUGUCGGUGAGGACGCCGUUGUGGACCGCUGCCCAGAGUGUGCUGUCGCCCUGGAGCAAUACAGCGACGAGGAAUUAGGAUUGUGUCUCGUCGUGCUUGCUACCUUUGUCCACCGGGAGCCAUCCAUUGCCGCUCCUCUGCUACCAGAGAUCCUGCGCGUCGCAGCAAAGAUUGCCUCGCAAGUUUAUUAUCCAUGGCAGCAUGAAAGCAACGUUCACCUGCCCGGGGGGUGCAACAGCGUUGCGCGCCAAUUUCUUAGGUGCACCUUGCACCAGCUGUCUACAAAUGGCGUCUUUCUGCAGAUUUUUCAAGGAAAUUUUGACGAGGACUUCUUCAAGGUGAUGGCAACUGCAUUGGCGGAUUUUGCAGAGCUCAAUCAAAUGCAGCCACUCAUGAUACUCUUUGAGGAGCUCAACGAGCGCAAGCACAUAGCUGGAGAUUUGCUCCUGCACAUGCUGGGCAAUGUGGCCACUUACCUGGAGGGGCUUUCCCCCGAGGGCAAUGCCCUUCUCUGGACCGCUUUCUUGCCGCAGCUAGAUGCUCUGCUUAGAAAGCUGCUUCUGGCUCUGCCCCCGGGGGCCACAAGUGCAAACAAUGCCAACAUUCCCCCUGCCAAUGCACUGGGUCCCCUUCUUAGGCUAAUGCUGUGUGUCCUCAAGGCACCCACCAUCAACACAUGCAAGUCUAUUCUAGAUCCGUUCUCAAAGAUCCUGAGCUAUGCCAUCCAGCACUCAUUGGUUCAAUACGAGCAACUACUGGAGUUGUGUCACCUAUGCAACAGAAACAUGUCGAGGGAGAGAGACAAGAUGGUGUUCACCAGAACUGUUGUUUUUGAGCUGGUACAGGCCCUUAAGUUCAAGUCUGUUAUACCUGAUGAGAAUCUCCUAGUACUAGUGCAGUUUGUGCUCCAAGAUGCAGGAGGACUCCUUUGCCCAAAUGUCAUCAUUGAGGACAUUCCAUUCCCACAGGACCUUCAAAAUGCAUACAAUACAUGUGCAAGCGAUAGCAUGCGGCAAAACCUCAAUGAAGCACUGGAAUUUGUAGCUGACGUACAUGCCCUCAUAAGGAUUAAGAGCAACUUCCACGGCACAGCAAGUCGCCUGAAUGAGGAGACGCUGGGAGGCCAAGUGAAAGCGGGCAUUGCUCAAUACCUGGCACUGGAGAUCACUAAAGGGAACGGGCGUGACAACAGGGCUAUUGGGAAGUAUCUCCCAUGGUUGUACCAUCCGCCCUCUUCUAUGCAACAGGGCCCAAAAGAAUUCAUUGACUGUGUGGCUCACAUCCGACUGCUCUCCUGGUUGCUCGUGGGAGCUCUGAUGCACAGUGCCCUUCUUGGCAAUUCUGCAAACUUAGUUUGCCAACCAAUUCCUUUGGAAGCAAAUGGACACGUCGUAGACCACAUACAAGUCAUUCUUGCUGGCUUUGCUGAGCAAUCAAAGGCAUCGGUCCUGCACAUGUCUUCUCUGUUUCAUGCAUUCAUACUUUGUCAGUUGUGGACCAUGUACUGUGAACACAUGGUCUCACUGAACCCUCCUGGUAGUGAACAAAAUCAGCUGUGCACAUUGACACUGACAGAUUUCUGGAUCAAGGUCACACCAGGCAUUCUACAGCUGGUCUGUCAUUCUAAAGUGCUUGCAGAAAUGGUAAGCCUCCACUUUCUGAGCCUCAUGGAAGCCCUCCUGGAGUGCAAUUCCACUAUCCUGGCACGGUUACUUCCCAUGUGGACUCCAGUCUUGUACAGUUACCAAGGACACCUCCCAAGUCAGCUGAAAGUUCGUCUGCAGGCCUGUCUGGAUUGGCUGCCUCCACUGCAGACACGGGAAGAAGCCACCUUCAUCAGCAGCAACUUCCUCAAAUGGCUGCAACGACUGCAGUUCAAGAUGGGACAGAUUGAACUGCAGUCCUCAGCUGCAACUCAGUUCUACUCAGUCUGAGUUAGAAGCUUAUAGUAUGGUGCUCUCUCGAUGUGCCUCCAUUUUGUGCCCGACUUUCCUAACUCAGUUAACUCUACAGUGUUUGUAGGAUGACAGACAGAAUGGCACAGAGAUGAUACUAAUGAGGUAUUUCUGGUAUGCUUAUCAAGUAUGUACAAGCAUAGGCGAGUGCAGGAUGGGUAAACCCUGCUACCAGUUUGUAACGGAAAAAAAUAUACAAUUUUAAAUUGAU